AUGGCAGAGCAUUCUAUGCCGGUGAACUUGGUCACUGCUCCAGGCCCCUUUCGUCAAUCACGGGGAUGGAUGGCACCGGUGGCAGCCCCGGUAUUCCCGGAGCACACCCCAAGCCCGCACAGAGUCAUUCCUCCACCGCCAGGCCUAGAGAUUCCAGAGGUGCCUGAGGCUGUUGCUGCCAACUUACGAUUCGGAGUCGGCAGUUUCGGCCACCCCGACUUCUGUACCAGACCGUGCGUGCACAUCUCCAAGGGUGGAGUGUGCCCAUCGGGAACGGCAUGUGCUUACUGCCAUUUCCGGCACUGUCCGAUCCAGAAGCCAGAUUUGCAGCUACGCCAUCGGCUCCUUGACGCAAACGACCAGGAGCUUCUCGCGACCUUCCUGCCCUUCAUCUUCAAGAAGGCAGCCACGCAAGGCCUCGCGCCGCUCGUCGGCCGCUUGCUCAAGCUCCUCCAGGCAGAAAUGAAUGAAACCCAAUCCGAGCCCAUCGCCCUGGGUAGGUUUCGGCCGAUGAGGAUGUCGUUCAUGCAUCUCGUUUUGAGCAGCAUGCGUCGGCUACCUCCACAUAUCCGAGCCGAAGUAAACCGUAUCAAGUCGGAGCUCCCUCCUCCUGCUGUCAU